ACCCAACAAAUGACGUUAACAAAACCCGCCUCUCACAUUCUUUCACUCUCUCUGUGCUUCAACCUUGAAUCUCACAAACCCUAGCGAAAAUGCCUUUCAAGAGAUUCGUUGAGAUUGGAAGGGUUGCUCAGAUCAACUAUGGAAAAGACUAUGGUAGACUCGUUGUUAUCGUUGAUGUCAUCGACCAAACCAGAGCUCUUGUUGAUGCUCCUGACAUGGAGAGAUCUCCGAUAAAUUUCAAGAGGCUCUCACUCACUGACAUCAAGAUUGAGAUUAAGAGAGUCCCCAAGAAGAAGGAUCUCAUCAAAGCCAUGGAAGCUGCAGAUGUUAAGAACAAGUGGGAAAAGAGCUCGUGGGGCAGGAAAUUGAUUGUGAGGAAGAGAAGGGCAGCCCUCAAUGACUUUGACAGGUUCAAGAUCAUGUUGGCAAAGAUCAAGAGGGCAGCUGUUGUAAGGCAAGAACUUGCUAAGUUGAAGAAGACUGCAGCUUAGGCUUUAAUUAAUGAUCAAUUUUUUAAUUUUCCUAUGAUUUCUUUUGAUUAGUACACUUCGGUUUGUUAUAUGAGAUUAUAUGUAAUCAUUGUGUGACUUCUUAGAAAGGUUUAUUUUGAGAGCUCAUAUUUAGUGGAUUGAUGUCAUUUUUCCAAUGGAACUAAAUUUUGCUUUUGCUUGUUGA